AUGGUAUCUUAUCAUGUUUAUGUACCAUUGCUAUUGAGGCUUGCAAAUGAUGUGGAGGAAAAUCCAGGCCCAAUUAAUAUCUAUGAUAUUGUUGAUCAUAGUUUUACGGUUCGAGCAGACUUCAACCAAGGUAAUAUAUCCAUGUUUGGAAUAAAUGCUGGAAAACAAUGUGUUGCCAUGUCAAUUUAUGCUAUUGUAUACAAUGAAAUAAAAUCUGUUAAUAUUUGGGAUACACCACUUAUGAACAUGCUUCUAGUUAAUGCAAACAAUCUUUAUGCCAUAAUUAGUCAGCACAUUCAGAAAGAUUUCUUAUUGCUCACUGAUGUUCCUGAAAUAUUGUCUAUCAACAAUGAUACUUUUAAUUUGGAGUACAGUGACUCUUUUUCUGGAGCAUUAUGGAUGGAAUACAACAAUGAACCGUAUGUUACACUUGAACAUGCCUUUCAUGAAGUAUUUGAUGCUGGUAAUUAUAAAGCAUGUUUACUUACUAUUCGAGCAAACACUGUUGCAGUUUUAAUGCCUUUCCCAGAUGUAUUUAAAGUUUUUGAUUCUCAUUCACGAGAUAUGCCCAUGCAUAUGCAACAAUGGGUUAUAGUGUUUUAGUUUCUAUUGAAGGAAUUCAAAACCUUAUACAUUUUUUUCAUAACACUAACAGUUGUAAGUUCUAUCCUGGACAAAAUAGUCAAAAUAGUCUAUUUGAGUUGAAGGGUGUGAAAUGUCAUAGAAACAUUUCAUUGUCAAAUAGUUUGGAUAACACAGCUAAUGACACAACAUCAAAUAACCAUGAACAACAAAGAAAACAACAAGAGUCUGUUGUAGAAAGAGAAAACAGACUUGAAAAGCUAAGAGAGAAGCAAAGAGAGAAAAGACAGCAAGAAUCUGUUGUAGAGUGGGAAAAUAGACUUGCAAAGCAAAGAGAGAGAAGAAAACAGGCAAAACAACGUGAAACUGUUUCAGAGAGAGAGAAUAGACUUGCAAAGCAAAGAGAGAGAAGAAAACAGGCAAAACAACAAGAAACUGUUUCAGAGAGAGGGAAUAGACUUGCAAAGCGAGGAGAGAAAAGAAGACAGGCAAAACAACAAGAAACUGUUUCAGAGAGGGAAAAUAGGCUUCAAAACCAGCGAAAAGCAAGAAGGUUGGAAAGGCAAAAUGAAACUGUCGAACAAAGAGAGCAAAGACUAGCAAAAGUAAGAGCUAAUUAUAAGGAAAAUAAAAGUAGACAUUCUAGAAAAAACAAACAAUCUCCUCCAUCAGGUUGUCAAGGGCUCAAUAAUGAUAACAAUAUAUCACAUAAUAGUGUAUCACAAUUGAUACAUAAAUUCCAUAAAUCUGUAUCAACAGGUCCUCUGUAUAUAUGUUCAUGCUGUGAUCAAUUAUGGUAUAAACAUAGUGUUUGUCCAGCCGAAAGACUUCGAUUAUCCAAUCCAAAUGCUACUAAACAUCUACAAGGUAUUAAAAGUGUGGAUAAUAUUGAAUGGCUGUGUUUGACAUGUGACAAACAUCUUAAAAAGGGUAAAGUGCCACCCUCUGCAAUUACAAAUGGCAUGAAGUUUCCAACAAAACCUGACUUCUUUGAUUUAAAUGAAUUAGAAUGCAGACUUAUAGCUCCAAGAUUGGCAUUUCAAAAAAUAAUGCAAGCUCCGAGAGGACGGCAACUUAAAAUUACUGGUAAUGUUGUGAAUGUACCAGCAGAUAUAUGUAAUACCGUUAACAUGCUACCCAGGUUGCCACAAGAUACUGCGACUAUUAAAGUUCAAUUAAAACGUCGACUGCAAUAUAAGAGUUCUGCCUUAUCUUUGAAUGUGAGGCCUAAUAAAGUGAUGCAAGCUGCAGCUUGGUUGGUAAAUACUAGUGAACUAUAUCAAGAACAAGGAAUAACUUUUGAUCAACAUUGGUUAUCAUACUUUGAUGUUACAACACCUAACAGUGACAAUGAAAAUAUCACAGUUGAUCAAACUAAUUUAACAUCAGAAGAUGAAUGGAGUGAAGAUGAAGCAGAAAUUCCUGCAGGUGUAACAGACAGUAUGCUUACACCUACUGAUUUUGUAGAUGAUACUGAAAGACAACAUAUAUACAAUGUUGCACCUGGUGAAGGUAGUAGACCACUCAGUAUAUUUAAAGAUCAGUAUUCAGAGGAACUAGCUUAUCCAGGAAUAUUCUUAGGUCAAAAGCGGCCAGAUGAGAAGCACAGAUUGACUCGUGUUCAUUACAGUGAAAUAUGUAAAUCAGAACUUAGACGAUCUGAUCGAAGAGCUGCAAUGUGUAUUGAGAACAUAUUUUUUAAAACUAAAAAAAUGCAGAUGAAAUUACUGCUAGGGCAAUCUCAACUUGCUAUUCGCAAGUGUAAAAUGGGAAACAGAACACUUACUGCUGGUGAGUUAAAAACCCCAGAAGGUUUAACAAAUCUCAUUUGCCAUGAUGAAGGAUACAAAUUUUUAAGAGCUUUGAGAGGUUCCCCACCUUACUUUGAAAAAGCCAAAAAGGAUUUGUUUGCUAUGAUUCGGCAAUUAGGACCUGCAUCAUUAUUUUGUAGUUUUUCAUCUGCUGAAACAAAAUGGAAUCAUUUAUUAAGAAUCCUUGGUAAGCUUGUUGAUCACAAAGAUUAUAGUGAUGAACAAUGA